GACUAUGUCAGACCUGUGGUCUUCACUAGCCCUUGCCAUUGAUCCGAAACAGACUCAAGCCAUGCCGGCCGUCUUACAAUCAACCAUUCAUCUCUUGGAGAGUGAGUUGGUCAAGGCCCGUGCUGCUCUUCAGGAAAUCCAGCCCAAUGCCUCUCCAUUCGGCUUCUUGGGUGAUGAAGUUGCCGUUGGAGCCAUGGCCGCCUACAGACAAGAUCUGAUCGGCCGCGCCCCCGAUUUCUACGGUGCACGGCGUUUGACCCGCAAGGAAUUGGGUCUGGAACCUGUCGUUCGGGCUCUACCCUCCGAGCGGGUGAUAUCCAAGCCGGUACCUGCACCCCGUCCAACGUCGUUGGAGGAUAUCCUGAGCAACAGCUUGGUCCUGGACCAAAUGGCACCUCAUCUGUCGGUGCCAUCACUAAUGGCGUUGAGCGCCACCUCCCGCCAUCUACACACUGUUAUCACGCAGACUCCAUACGUGUUCCGGCAUCUCGAUCUGACCCGGUGUCAAGGUUCCCAGCUUCCGUCGGUGUCACAGGAGCAGAACGAUACUCAAACCGAAGAUGAGAUUUAUGCGGCCCCGUUGAACCGUAUCUUCAAGAGCUUGGAGCGCAGGAACAUACUCCAAGAUGUGCGCACCCUAAUUCUGGAUGGCUUGUCUGUGCCCGCGGAUCUGGUGGCCGAUAUCAUAUUGACAGAUCGGUUUAAUGUCAACAUUCUCUCCAUUCGGGAGUGUCGCCAUCUGAACGAACGCAAGCUCAUGCAGGUGAUUCAGCAUGCCGUUCGACCCACUCGCCCUGCCGGUACCCCUCGAGUGAAGGGUAUCUAUCAUUUCUCGCCAAUGAGUGAAGCCUCUCAAGCGGUGGCACGUCCCAAAUACCGUGAUUGGUGGUCCACUCGCGUUCAAACCUCACGAAGCCCUAGCCAGACGCCAUCCAGUUCGGAAGAGACAACACCAAAGAAGGGUCAGAAUGAAUGGUACAGUCCUUCCGGAAAACUCUUCAAGCAUAGUCUCGAGGAAGGCUGGGCUCAAGUCCUCCAGAAAUGUGAGGGAAUUAUCGCCUUUGAUGCCACAUUGUGUCGGGGUCCACGGCAUAACCCGCAGCAGGAUAAUUCGGUCCCAUUCCUUGGACCCGCAGUAGCCACCGUGGCUCUCGGCCCCCGCGGAUGUGAUGGGUGCCACAGUUCCCCCGAGGGUCCGGCCAUCUGGGGCCAGUCCCCGGACGUUCAAUUCCCCAUGCUGAGCCCCCCGCCGCUGCAUGUGUCGAGUGUGGCGGCAGCGAAGCGGCCCGAGUUGAUUCCGGGAGAGCAUCCAGUUCUGGUUGCUCGCUGUGCGGACUGCCUCACCAACCGAUGGUGUCACCGAUGCAACAAAUGGUUCUGUGGGAAUUGUCUCCCCAACCCGCAACAGGUGCGCGUCAAUUUGUCGCCACACCAAACUGCCCAUGCCACAUCCACCGAAGCUGCUGAGCGCGAGAGAUUGGAACGUGGUGUAAGUAAAGAUUGCUGGGAGUGUGGCCCAACCUGUGUUUCCUGUAAAAUGGAGUGCCAACACACCUGUCAAGGAUGUCAGGGCGACUAUUGUAUCCAACAUAAUGAGGGAUGCUCUAAAACACUGUGUGAUUGGUGUAAUACCAGUUCUCGCGGUCGAAUGCGUGGCAACUUCUAG